GAAAUUGUUGAUAUAGUGGAGAGUGAGGGUAAGUAUGAAAGUUUCUGUUUAAGCUUAUUCGUUCAUUCGGAGUCGUAGAAGGGCAGAUAGUUAGGGUUUUGUAAAAUUCCAUCGAGCAAGAACAUGGCUGCGGCGCUCUCCUCUCGAUCUUAUCGAUUCGGGCGUUCUAUUCUCAACGGCCUCAGCAACGCUUCAUGUAAUCCACAGAAGAUAUCUCAUGAUCUGACAUCCAUUUCCAGCAAUAUAUUGACUCAGCAAGAAAGGAGCUUUAUACAGAUGAGGACUAAUUUGAAAGUAGUAGACAACUCUGGUGCGAAAAGGAUAUGUUGUAUACAGGCAUUAAAAGGGAAGAAAGGGGCAAGGCUAGGGGAUACAAUAGUUGCAUCAGUAAAGGAAGCACAACCAGGUGGGAAAGUGAAGAAGGGUGAUGUUGUUUAUGCAGUAGUUGUGCGAGCUGCAAUGCAAAAGGGUAGAUCUGAUGGAAGUGAAAUCAGAUUUGAUGAUAAUGCUGCUGUACUUAUAAACAAGCAAGGUGAGCCAAUUGGAACAAGGAUUAUGGGUCCUGUUCCUCAUGAGAUGAGGAAGAAGAAGCAUGUAAAAAUCUUGAGUCUUGCAGAACAUAUAGCCUGAUCAUCAUCAUCAUCUAUUGACUUGCUGUUGUUGGUUUUGUUUCCAAAAACCCCUUUUGUUUUUGGUCUAUUAGUACUACAUUCAUUCUUAUUGUCUUGGAUGCAAAUGUUGUUCCACUUUCAAAUUAUCAUGAAAGAUGUUCAACCAAUGCUUGGAUCCACCUCCCAAUUUGAACACUUUGAAUAUUGACCAUUUUUCAGUCUUGUCACGGUUCUAUA